CAACAAUUCAAUUUCAAAUGCUCCGCCGACAGUUUUGGUUGGUUGGACGCGGCGCGUGUACGCAAUUCCAUUCGGACUACAUAAUUUGAGCACAGACAAAUCAAUUCCAAGUGGGAUCAAUAAAAGUGCCAAAAUUAAGAUUACUUAUCUCCCGGUUGUCGGAAUUAACAUAAGUCGCCAGUCAUGGAGCGAAUUUUGAGAGGAAUUAUGCGUUAUCGCAACACGACCCGAGAGCAAAUGGUCAAGGAAUUUCAAAAAGUUCGCGACAAUCCAGAGCCGAAGGCCGUCUUUUUCACCUGCAUGGACAGUCGCAUGAUUCCCACAAGAUAUACGGACACACACGUUGGCGACAUGUUUGUGGUGCGAAAUGCGGGAAAUCUGAUACCGCACGCCCAGCACUUUCAGGACGAGUACUUUAGCUGCGAGCCGGCGGCACUGGAGCUGGGCUGUGUGGUGAAUGACAUAAGGCAUAUAAUUGUGUGUGGGCACAGCGACUGCAAGGCGAUGAAUCUUCUGUAUCAGUUGCGUGAUCCCGACUUUGCCUCCAAGCUUAAUCGCCGACUGUCGCCGCUUCGCUCCUGGAUGUGCACACAUGCCAACACCAGUUUGGAAAAAUUUCAGGAGUGGCGCGAUGCGGGCAUGAAGGACCCGUUGAUAUUCUCCUCCGAGACGCCGCUGAGCCGCUUUGUGGCCUACAUUGAUGAAGAGAAUAAGUUUGCAAUUGAGGACAAACUGUCUCAGAUUAACACCCUGCAACAAAUGUCCAAUGUAGCAUCAUACGGGUUUCUCAAAACACGCCUCGAAACGCACAAUUUGCACGUGCAUGCACUGUGGUUUGACAUCUACACAGGUGACAUUUACUACUUUAGUCGCGGAGCCAAGCGCUUCAUUGCCGUGGACGAGUCCAGCGUAGACCAGUUGUCCGCAGAGGUAAGACGGUUCUACUCCUAGUGCUGUAGCCUGCGGCCAAUUCUCAGCCAGCGGUGCCUUGGAUUUAUGUGUCUGUGAUAUGUGCAACACAAUGUUGGGUCUUCUACAGUGUGCUUAUAAAUAGUUCUCCCCUACUGUUACUUGUUACUCGUAUCAGAAGUGGCAUUUACAUAUAUAUAAAUAUGUCCUAUUGUUAGCAUUUUGUAUUUAUAAAUGUUUGUUUUUACAUGUAAUGUGUGUUUUUUGUAUAUAAACUUAAGGCCUAGAGGUUUAAAUUGUAAAGCAUUCUUAUAAAUGUAGGAAAAAUCAA